AUGGUCGACCGGGACCUCGAGAUCGACAUCGAGGGGGUUGACAAGGUCCUUUUGUUGAGGCUCCUGCAUGAGAGCGCAAGGUCAUUCCCAAGGUCCGCCAGACAGGCCUUCGAUGAGCAAGAGGCACGCACAGCGGUCACACAAUACAUACAUUAUUUCUGUGGCUGCUUAAUCGCGUGCGACAUCUCCGGAGAUAAGGCCCGGCAUACCUGGCGGUACGAUUGGUACGUGGGGGAGGGGUCGUUCGAGGCCACGGUUGCAAUCGCCCGCGAAAUGAUGGUAGGCGAGCAGCUGGAGUCGGAGUUGCGGUUCCAUUUGGAAUGA